GCGUGGCUGGUCGGACGGAAGACGACGCGUGUAUAGGGGAUGUGCUGGAUAAACUGUUGAUUACUUUGAUUAGCGGCGCGAUGGACUCGGCGGGGACAUUACAACACGAUAACAAAGGGGAGCUGCAACGCGGAGCAGAAGAAUGGCUGACCACCUUGGAGAAAGGAUGCAGGCAGCUACAGGAGCUUGUUGAGGCACUGUCUGUGCGGUCAAACGAAGAGCCAGGGAUCGAUGGGGGGGCGAUCUUACUGGUGGGCUGGUUUAACGACACGGCCGAAGACAUCCUGGAUGUUAUGUGGGAGCUGGAGGAGGGGCCGGAUCCCCAGCUCGACGCAUGCGUCGAUUGGCGGCGGGCGGAUGGCGUGAUGAAUACCUGUAAGGCUCUUUUUGUUAAGGGUCGUGAUUUGCGCUUUCUGCUGGAAGAUCGGUUUGCAUCCGACGUGAUAACGCUGCUCUCCACAUCAGAAGUAGCGGCGACAACAACGACGACGAUUUCAACAACAACAUCACGUGAUCGACUGGAGGAGCGGUGGAGAUGUGGCGAGAGGGAUGUGAUGGACGACAAUGACGGCAAGGACGACGACGUGAAGGGAAGCUUCGAGGUCAAUAACGACAACAAUAAUAAAGAUGAUACGAACAACAACAAUAACAACGGGAAUGCUGACUGUGGGAACUGCAUGGCUGACUGCAACAACGACGUUGAUGACAAUAACAAUGGGGAUGCUGACUGUGGGAACUGCGUGGUUGACUGCAACAAUGACGCUGUUGACGAUGUCAUCAACAACAACAUUGACAACAACAGCAAUAGCGACAACGACAACAAGAACAAUAGUGACAACGACAACAAUAACGACAGAAACAACAACAACAAUAACGACGAUGAAGGGGACGAUGACCAAGGAAGUGGCGGGGUGGGAGAUGGUAUCCAUGCAUCGGAGAUUAUCAUUAGCGUCACAGGGUUGAUGCUGAAAGUGGACGGGGUGGGAUACAGGCUUGAUAAGUUAAUCCUCUCUUAGGAGGGCAAUCAAUGCUGCUCAUCACUGCGCAACAGAUUAAGCUCAUACACAUCACAAAUUUUUGACUGCAUAAUCAAAUGAUUACCAUGUA